AUGGCGCUGGUAAGACGUCGGGGGAGAAGCAUUCCGCGGACCCACGAGCUCGCUGGUGGUAGAACAGAGAAAAGAUGGCGUCGGCGGAACAUUGUUGCAGCUGUUUCUCCUCAGCAAACCCAACGCAGCGCUCCAAGGAAACUGACUGUGGCUGUGACCACCGUCCCGGCCCAGGAAGUGUCUGUUCAAGCAAACAGCAAGAAAGGCUGGUUUUUCCUGGCGGGGUUUGUGCUCACCGGCGUCGUGGCCUUCUUCCUUGUCCAGCGAUGGAAAGAGAGCCAAAACCGUUUGAUUAGAAAAGGGGAGGCCCCGAUAGAAGGGCCCUGGCUCUGGACGAACUCCGCCACUUCUUCCCCUCGGCAGCCCUCUCCGGCAGAGAUUGAGCGCGCCCGCCAAAAAAGAGCUGACCAGAGGGGGGGGCGGCAGCUACGGCCGGUUUUUGUUGCGGAGGGGCAAUUGCCCCCGGAAGGCACCGAUCCCGAGGCGGUGAUUGAGAUUCCGAAAAACCAUCCGUGGGCGACUGCAGAUUUGGACGAGGUUCCGAUUGACGUGCUGCAACGGCGUUUAGAUCAACGGCGGGGCCCUCCAGACCAGGCGCACGAAACGUGGAAGCAGAUUCGGCAAGAUUCGGACAGGCUAGAGCAGAGCUUUGACGCCGAAGCCGAUGCGGACGCGAGCUGGGAACGACGAGAGCUACGACGACAACAAGCAGGUUAGCGGCUCACCUCCUGUUGAGAAAAGCAAUAGGCGGGACUGGGGCUUGGAGCUACGGCUUCCUGCGCUUUUGAGCUUCAUAAAGUUUUGACACGAGAUGUGCACAUGUGGGCGAGAACUUCGCAUUGGGUUGACUAGCCUUUCCAUUGAAGGCCCAGUCUCUCUGAGGACGAGACAUCGGUGAGGACGAGAGUGUUUUCCAAUGGAGGGAAAUCAAUCAUUAAGCGGAGUGUCUAUAUUUGCAAGCAACUUUGCGACUAUCUCGAAGUUCUUCCCUUUUGGUUGCACUCAAGCCGAGUGUAGCCGCUUUGUACAGAACCAUGUUGUAUGGUGUGAAAACAUACUCACUGAUGC